CUGUCACAUCGCACUAUAAGUCAACGAGUAAAUAUUUGUAAUUGUAUGUUGUUAAAAUUUUAAUAUUAUUUCAUUGUAUGUAUGAUUUAUUAAAUAAAAAUGUCGCUAUCCGAUCUAAAACAUUCUUUAAGAAAAUAUGAAUUCCCUGGAUGUGCUAAGGAAGCUCUUAUUAAAAUAGAACAGUUGCUGGUAGGACGUGCAGCGCCUAGCAGCAAGCAACUAGAUAUAGCAAUGGACAUUAUAUCGGAGUUUGUUUUUUGCGAGACCGAUCGUCGAGGAAAUCGCCGGGGUUUGAAUCCAUUGCAAGAACUUCAACUCAUAGACAUAAUAUGUGAUUACCUCUCGGCUUGUACGAAUGAUACAACCAAGAAUACAAUAUUCUUAUCCCUUUUUGGAGGUAUGGAAAGCCAGAGAAAGUUAAAAGUUCUUAGCAUUCUAGCUAGCAUGGCUGUUUCUGCGUCUAGUACACCUGUGUUAUUAGCAGUGGGUGUAUGGCUACAGCAAAUGGGCUGUUCCUCUACUCAGUCAUUACAACUUGUUGAAAACGUCAUAAAAGAUCAUUUCUACUUGAACACGUCAAACCAGAGUGCUCUGAAGACAUUAGCAACCACCGCACCACAAUUUGUAUCUAAUUUUAUCACUGCGGUGACGGAGUUAUACAUGCACGAUUUGCAAAAACCAAAGAAAAUGCCUCCGAAAAAUUUGUUAGAAGUUAUUACGUCUUGGGUAUAUUCCAAUCCAUCUCUAUGUAUGUCGGCACAGUUAAAUCCAGCUGCUUUACCGAGUGGCUCGAUUCCAAUGGCUGCUGUUACACCACUCGCUGGACUUAUACAUUGGUGUGCCUUGGCUCCACUUUAUAUUGACGAAGAUAAAGAUAUGGAAGAAAGACCAAUAAAAAGAAUAAAACUGGAGGACGAAAAACCUUCAAUAGUUAAAUCUUUACCGAGUAAAUCUCUCACAGAAUCUGAAUUGUACAUAAAGUUGCAUCUCGGAGUCCUACAUAGUUUGCGAGCUGGAAGACGGACACACGGACCCCCUACUGCGGUGAAUGCUCAACAUUUAGCGGCUUUAACACCAUUAGUUCAAGCGUAUGCACAUCAACUACUAAAACGUGGUGUUAAGUUACAUACUGAUACUAAAUUACAGGAUUGCUUGGAUAGAAUAGGACAAGCAGUUCAAGUGGCUCUAGCAAAUGGUUGUGUUUACGGUAACAUAAGCAAUCUGCUUGCCGCACUAGACACAUUGCCGGAGAACAGGUUACUUCGUAUUAUAAUCAAAAGCCACCAGCAAAAUAUAUGACAGGUGCUUUGAGGUUCCGACGUAUUAGCAGACUAUGAAAACGAAACUUCCACUGAAGAGUUUUGAAGAUUUCUAGUUGUUGUAGUAGUAAAAGUACAUUUUAUAUAAAGUAUUUAGGUACGUACCUACGUAACCGGCACACAACUCGCUGACAAGGCUAAUCAUAAUAUAGAUUUGCUUUCAAUUUAAGUUUUAAAGGAUAGUGUGAAUAAAGAUAUGAUAUAUGAA